GGGACAAUGUUAAACAGAAUGAUUAUAAAGAUUUAGUGCAGGAUUUUAAUGUUUUGUGUGAGAGAGAAAGCAUGCCUAAGCGAGAAAUUAUUGCAAGUGGGAGUGACUUAAAGGAGAAUGGGAAUCAAGAUUCCCCAAAGUUAGAGAGAAAGACCCCUACUGUGCGCUUUAAAGCCAAGGAACUACUAAGAGCUAUUGGAAUUUACUCAGCUACACGACAGACAGAUGCCAACAAUCUUACCGAUAGGUCUUUCAAGCAUGUAAACAAACCAAUUCAAACCACACGAUCAGUGGCAGUAAAGAAAGUUAAUUGGAGGGAUGAUGACAAUAUGAGACUCCGACGCGUCAAUUCAGAACGGUUUACACAUCGCAUAAAACCUGAAAAUGUUCCUGAAAAUAUUCCUCAACCAAGGAAGUCACUGCCAACACUAUCCACCAUUUCUACUUCAAGCGGGGACAAGUCUCCAGUUGUUGGAGAGAAAAAUGGCUUUCUUGACCCAAAUCCAAACCAAGUCAUCACUACCAGCUUGUCUGCUAAAACAGACGAUGAUAUUCAAACCACCCCCAGUCCAACCAUGAUCUCAAAGAAAAGCAAUGGAAAUGGAAUUGAUUAUCUGUAUCCACCAGUCAGUAAAUCCAGAAAUGAACAGUUUCACAAAUUGUUCAGAUCCGUCCCAGAUGACGAGUUCCCCAUUGAUUAUUUUUCCUGUGCGUUUAAAGGAGACAUAUUACUUCAGGGUUAUUUGUAUAUAUCACCCAAUUGGAUAUGUUUCUAUUCAAAAAUCAAAGGCCGUGGCAGACAGCUGGAAAUUCCCUUCACAGAUGUAAUAUGUAUGACACGAGAAAAAACAGCUUUAGUAUUUCCCAAUGCCAUAGGUAUUCAAACAGCUGAUAGUAAGAUUGUGUUUGUAUCAUUUAUGUCUCGAGAUUCUACAUACCGUCUGCUAGAAAACCUGUGGAAAUUAUCUCAGAGCUCGGGUGAUGUAAAAAGUAAAAGUAGUUCAUUAAAGAGAAAGAUUGAAUUUGAGAGUAGUGUACAGCGUGCUUUAAUUGAAAGUUCUAGUAUUGGGGAUACAACCAGUGAUUCUGAUCUAAAUAUCCUUUUUGAUACGUGUAAAUGUGUAAAUAUUGAGAAUUGUAGUAAAGAAAAGAGAGACAAAUCUUGUGUUAUCUGUAAAUCAAAAAAAAGUAUGGACCAACCACCAUCUAAACUGGCACGGGUUCCUUUUCUUUACAUGAUCAAAUGUUUUGAUCGUCAUGAAUUAACAAAUGCUUUCUGUAAUUUUAAAUUCCGAUUACAAAAAAUACCCAGAACUAACUUAUUGCUGGCGAUUUGUAGUAUUUUGGUCUUUUUCUUAUUAGUGUCAGCUGUUGGACUGACUUAUAAAGUAUUAGUUAUACAAGCUAAAAUAGAUCUAGAACAAUCCUGGAAACCACAUUUUAAACAACGUUUCAGGGAUCAUAUGAUGGGAGAGGCUUUUAAUGUGGAGAUGGAAAGUCAUGCUUCUACCAUUAAACAUUUACAUUCUGUAAUAAAAGCUAAUAUACAGUUAUUAGAAGAGGUUCAUGAUUCUCUUAAAAGUUUACAGUCAGGAGUGGGAAAGAAUACAUGUAAUGUGAAAGAAUGUCCAUGAAAUAUUUACACCAGUAUUUCUGUCUCAUUGUGAUUUAGGUAUUAACUGUAUUACUACCUUGGUGUAUAGUUACACCACAUGCUAACUGUGAUUGACUGAAUAUAUUGUCAUAUAUAUGUCUAUAUUUGAUCUGGGAAAUAUGUGAAUGAUUGAUGUGUGCAAAAUGAUGUACCAGUGAAAAUGAAGAUGUAUGAAUUAAGUUAAGAUUUGUGUUUCUUGUGCAGAAGAUAAUUUUGUUACACUUUUCUUAUGUUUUGUUCAUUUGGAAUGAAGAUUGAAGACCUAUUGUGGAUACUUGAUUGUGUGUCAAGAAUGUUUCAAAUACAUUGGAUUGCAUUCAAGUGACAUGGAAUGAAGUUCUGUUUGUCUUGUUAAUUAAUGUGAUGCGAGUUGAUUUGAGAGCUGUGAUGAUUGAUGAAGUGUUUUCUCAUUCCUCUGGAGCAUACUUUGAUGCCUCAUAUUCUAUCUUUUACUUGAAUAUCACUGGAAUUAUUUGAUUUGAGAUAAUUCAAUUGAGUAUCCCCUUUAAAGAUGCAUUAUGUAAGAUUUAGAUAAAGAGCUUGCUAUGAAUAAUUAAUAUAUUAAAAAUUUCAUUUAAAUUUCUUUAUUCGGAGCAAAGUUAUCAGUAUUUGAAGUUUUAAAUAUAUUGUCUUGUCAAGUACCAUUGCUAUGAUUGAAUUAUUGAUUGGCGAUCGUUUUUUAAUCCCAUAAAAAUCACGGCCAUCCAUUAGUCUAGAGAGUUGAUUAUGGGCUUUUCGUGCGAAUAAAUGUCUAAUUUAUACUACAUUUUGAAGUCAAAAGAAAGACCUGCAUUAGGCUUACUAGGCACCUACAUAAUGCAUCUUUAAGUGUUUCCUCCACACUCUUUAGGCCUACAGGCUAGAGGGAAUGAGGGAGGGGCCACUGGCAUGUUUAUGCUGAAAACUGUGAACCAAAUACUAGCUAUUGGUCUACCCUAAUCAAGAUAUUUUGUAAUAAAUAUAUGCUGUAAAACAUGAUGCUUUUGUGCACAUGACAUUAAUGCAUGACCAAGAGACAUAAACUUCAUAGUAUGUUGGUUGACCACAGAUAAUUAGCACCUACAGGUUUCAUGUUUUGCUGUAUAUAUUUUUGUUUAUUUGAUUUUAUUUAAUUGAUAAAUUAUUACAUAAGGUCUCUCGGCAUCAUUUGAAUUUUUUUGAAAAUAUCAAGUUUUCCAUGGACUUAUUUAACACAGUAUCAAAAUAUCAGCGGUAGAUAAUUCCCAGCUUGGAUUCAAUCGGAUGAAAUAGAUGCCCAUCAAAAGAUUUUAGAAAAAAAGAUUACUGGCUUUUGACCAUAUCGUUUAUAUCGUCUGUAGAAUGUUGACAAAUUUUAAAUUUAUCAUAUCUUUGUAAAUAACAAACGGAAUUGACCUUGGUUAGACUGAUAUUCCCUUAAGAAAUUCAACUUUGACAGUGUUGUAGUUUGCCCUUAAAAAUCAUGUCAGAGAUUUAAAUUCUGCAUGCUAAAAAAACAAGAUCAUUCUCACAAACUCAUUAUACCUCUCUCAAACACUUCUUGUGUCUGACAAAAAUGAUAGUUUUGCCGCAUUUAGAACACUGGGGAUCUUUCAAUGGUUUUGUUUUUCGUUUUGAGUUAAAACAAAACCUAUAAUUUUUCUAGAUCCUACUUGUAAAACAUGUACAAAUCUGCAGAAAAAACUAAAUGAUUACAUUGUCAGUUGAUGUAAAUGGGUUUCUGAGAAUGAAAUGAUGUAUUGUAAUCAGCUCAAUGUUUUGAAAGUAUUUUCUUUAAAAUAUGAUUGUAUGAAUGAAAUAUUUGUCUCAAUAUCUAAGCUUUGGCCAAAGAGAAACUUUUAAAUCUUAUUACUGUUACUGUCUAUUCCUUAUGUUUACAUUGAUCGAAAAUGAACAUUUUUGAGAAAUUGGCCUAUAAUAAUUGAAGGCUAGACUGUUAAUAUUUUUUUUUAUUAUGUAGUGACAUUUGCCUUUAUUAAAGUUAUAUUUUACGCUGGAAUGGAGUGAUAGAAGUUGUGUAUGACCAGAUUUUUUUUUUUAUGUAGUUGUGGCUUUUUCAUUUAUAUCAAAUCGUACAAAGACCUUAAAUUGAAAAAUGUGAUAAUGUAUAUAAAGAAUACAUGUAUGUAUUGUAAUCAUUGCUUUUCUUUCUUGUUAUUUGGAAAGAUUCAUCUUUAAAUUACUGUUAAAGAUGCAUUAUGUAAGAUUUAGAUAAAAUGGGGUGGGUGUUAUUUCUGUAAUAGUUUUAAAAUAGUUAAUGAAAAAUGAAUAUAUUGCAAAUUUCAGUCAAAUUACUUUUUUCUGAUUGAAGUUAUGAAUGUUUGAAGUUUUGACAAGAAUAGCGUAGUCUUGUUUGUCAUUGCUACAUUAUUAAACGAAGACUUAAUUUUUGUCCCCCACCUUCCAAAGAAAGCAGGGGACUAUUAAUAUGGGUCUGUCAGUCCAUCCAUCCAUCCAUCCGUCUGUAUAACUCUCCUCCUAAUUGAACUAGAAUGUUCAAACUUGGUGUAAUUGUUUAUUAGGUCAAUGCCUUUAUGAAGUUUGAAGAUGAGUAUUCUCUGCUUAGGGUAAGCAGAGAUAAGCAAUUUGAUUGGUUGAUGCUUUGGAACACGAUAACAUAGUUCUAAUUAAGUGAGGGUAAGCAGAGCAAUAAGCAAUUUGCUUGGUCGAGACUUUGGAACACAAUAUCUCUCCUUCUAAUUGAGUCACUGUGUUCACACUCUGUAUAGGUGUUUAUUAGGUGAAUGCCUUGAUGGAGUUAGGUGAUGAGAAUUUUCUGCUAUGGGUAAGCAGAGAUAAGCAGUUUGAUUGGUUGAUGCUAGGUUAAUGACAGAGAUAAGCAAUUUGAUUGGUUGAUGCUUUGGAACAUGAUAACUUAAGUUCUAAUUAAGUGAGAGUGAUGAAACUUUGUGUAUAGUUUAUAGUUUUAUCACAUCAAUACCUUGACUAAGUUUGACAAUGAGAAUGUUCUGCUUAGGUGAAGGAGCGAUAAGCAAUUUGAUUGGUUAAGACUUUGGAACAUAACAACUCUGCUUAUAAUUGAGAUAGAAUGUUUAAACUUGAUUUAGAUGUUCAUUAGGUGAAUGUCUUGAUUGAGUUCAAUGAUUAAUAUUUCCUGCUAUAGCUAAGCAGAGCUAAACAAUUUCUUUGACUUUGAAUCUAUCUGAUAGAGAGUGAUGAAACUUAGUGUAUAGUUGAUAAUCAGUGUGAUUGCAUGAUACUUUUGAAAAAGAUCAGUGGCAAUUAAUUAAUGUGUCAUCUAUUUAUUUCGGGAUUUCGGUGGGGGACAUCAGCCUUACUGUUGGCUUGUUUAGUUCAAUGUUAAUAAAUGAAGACUUCAUUUUCCAUUUCAACAUUAACCAAUUAAAUGGGGGAGGUGUGCUAAUCCAUUUAAUAUCGCAGCCAUCCGACUUCCUAGCGAGUUGAUUAUGGGCUUGUCAUGUAAAUAAAUGUCUAAAUAAUAAUUUAUGUCACAUUUUAAACCAGAAAGGUCUGUGAUAGGCAGAUUUAACUCUUACAUAAUGCAUCUUAAAGUAAAAAAAAUAUAUUUGACAUAAUUGUACUGUUAAAAGAUUCCUAUAAGAAUGAAAAAUAUUGAUUGAUGUAUGAUUUUUUUGGUUAUAUUUCUGGUUUAGUAGGCAUUCAUUAUUAUCUCCCUUUGAUGUAUCUUGUAUUGGAGGAAAACUUUUUGAUUAUACAAGCCUUUUUAUAGUCAUGGCAUAAUGUAUGAUUCCAAAAUGCCACCAAUAGUUUUAAUUCAGACUUGAACUAGGAAAGUACCUUGUGAUUAAUUAGAAAUAUAAUCUCUAGAUAUCACAAGAAUUAGUUACUGUAGUUCAAUUAAUUUUGGUGACAAAUAGUCAGAACCAAUAUUAAUGUUAUUGACCAGAUUGUAAAACUUGAAAUCAUCUGAAAGGGGAAGCUACUCUGCUUGUUUGGCACUAUUCAAUGAUGAUAUGUGGGAGUACAAGAAUUACUGGUAUUAUAGACUUAAUAGUCAAGGCUAGUGACCACUUGCAGGUCUAUUGAAUGUAGAUGCACUAAUUGACCCAUUCUUAUAAAUCUUUUUGUUCUA